AUGCGGUCAACAUGGGAGCUUGGUCUGCUUGCCUUAUUGCCUGCUUUAGUCUCAGCUGAAGAUGUACUGUACAGUGAGCGGCGCUUACAGAAGCGAUAUAUCGACGGAGACGGCAAUUGGAACCAGUCAUUCUUCCACAUCAAUGAUGUUCAUGCGCAUCUGGACGAGUUUCGAUCAUCAGGGACCGACUGCACAGGUGAAAUCUCUACCGUAAUCAAUGAGCGCAGGCCGGUCCUGAACAGCAGUCUGUUCCUCAAUGCUGGAGACGAGUUUCAAGGAACCCUUUUCUACACGUACUACGGUGGCGAGAAGAUCGCGGAGACCAUCAAUCAACUCGGCUUUGAUGGAAUGACGCUAGGCAAUCAUGAAUUCGAUGGAGGCGACGACAUGUUGGGCCAAUUCCUCGAGAACUUGACAUUCCCUAUCAUAUCAGCCAAUAUUCAGUCCGGCCAUCCCGUCUUGAAUCGAACGAUCAAGCCAUACCACAUCUACGAUGACUUUCAGCUUGCUGUGAUUGGAGUCACAACUGAGACAACCCCAGAUAUCUCCAGUCCAGGCGAAAACACCACUUUCUCAGACGUCCGAACUGCCGUUCAAAACACAAUCGACCUGAUCCGUGAUACCACAAAUAUUACCAGAAUUGCAGCUCUCACUCAUAUCGGCUAUGAUGAGGACCAAGCACUUGCGCAGAACACGACAGGUCUGUACCUGAUCAUGGGCGGACACUCUCAUACUCCCCUAGGCACUGGCCAGGAUGAGGAAGGCCCAUAUCCCACGAUCGUCCGCAACCUGGACGACGAAGAAGUCUUUAUCGUGACUGCAUACAGAUGGGGCGAAUAUCUCGGUUACAUAGAUGUAACUUACGACGAAGAGGGACGUAUCUUGGAAUACCAUGGCGGGCCCAUCCACAUCACAAACACAACUGCCCAGAACGAGACUCUCCAAGCACAGAUAGAAGAGUGGCGUGGACCUUUUGAGGCGUUCGCAGCCGAAGAGAUCGGCACUUCAAAUGUGGUUCUCGACCAAGAGACAUGUCAAGAGCAAGAGUGUCUGCUUGGCAACUUCAUGGCCGACGCAAUGCUCGCUUACCGGCGCAACGAGAGCGAUACAGUCGACUUUGCUCUCAUUAAUGCUGGAGGCAUCCGAGCAACUAUCGACAAGGGCCCGAUCACUCGUGGUGAAGUCCUCACAAGCUUUCCUUUCGGCAACUCUCUGGUGGAAAUCACGAUGAGUGGCGACGAUCUCUGGAACGUUCUUGAAGGCAUUUUCUCCGGUGUCAAUCUUGUCAGCAACGAAGAAGUUACCAGCUUCUUGCAAGUCAGUCAAGGGAUUCAGAUUGAAUAUAAUCCGAAGAACGACAACGGAACGAAGCUCGUCAGCGUAUCGGUCGGAGAUAGUGACCUGGACCGCGAAGCUCAGUACACUAUCGUGACGCUCGAUUUUCUUGCAGGAGGUGGCGACAAUUUCUUCGCUACGCCAUUCGAAGAUGCAAUCACUCUUGACACGCAGGAUGAGGUUCUCGUUGCUUACAUUCAGCAGCAGUCUCCUGUAGACAUUGCGCUCGAUGGUCGCAUAUCGGUCCAUGCAGAGCUGCGAUGGACGAAGUUGGCGACGGCAGCGUAG